AUGUUCGCCAGUCCAUUGGAGUUCGAUGUCGUGCUGCGCGCCAAAAUGGCCAAUGUGAAUUUGCCCCAACUGCUGCGGCAACGUGACCGUAGCAACCGCAACGCGCUGCAUUAUUGUGCCGCGCAGGAUCUGGAGCAGACGAGCGACCUCGUGGCGGCCGCAAGCAUUGCGAUUGCAGCUCCAGAGCUGCUGGAGUCGGCCGAUGAGGAUGGCUUCACGCCGCUUCACUUGGCUGUUAUUCAGGGCAACUUGGCGAUGGUCAAUUUGCUACUAGCGAACAAAGCCGAUGUGAAUGCGGUGGACAAUGAAGGCCACUCGGUGGUGCACUGGGCAACGGUGUGCGGCGAAAUUGAGGCUCUGCGGGCAGUUCUGGCAGCAGGAGCCAGCGUGGCCAAGCCCGAUGUUAAUGGCGGCACGCCCCUGCACUAUGCGGCCCAAAUGUGCGGCGCCAGCUACGACAACAAGCUGCAGUCCAAUUCCAGCAAGUUGGCCCUUGAGAUUCUUGGCAUACUCCUGGCACAUCCGCAGGCCAGCGUCGAUGUUCAGGACAAGGACGGGCGGCAGCCGCUGCUGUGGGCCGCCUCGGCGGGCUCGGCAAAGGCAGUCAUAGCUCUGGUUAAGGCAGGCGCACGCGUGGAAAGUGCCGAUAAGGAUGGCCUGACUGCGCUGCACUGUGCCGGCUCCCGUGGCCAUACCGAGUGCAUCGACACGCUAAUCAGCCUGUGCGGCGCGCCCACAGAUCUCAUAGACUCCAACGGCUGCACGGCGUUGCAUUAUGCUGUGACGCUUGGCCAUGCGGAUGCCACGGCACGGCUGCUGGACCUGGAAGCGGAUCCCAAUCGCCAGGAUCGCAAGGGACGCACGCCAGCCCACUGCGGCUGCUCUAAAGGCCAGUUCGAAACAUUGAAGCUGCUGAAGGAACGCGGCGCCAAUCUCUGGCUGCGCAAUGCCAAAGGCGACUUGCCGCUGCACGAGGCGGCUGCUUCUGGACGCCGAGAGCUGCUCGAGUGGCUGCUGUCGCAGCGACCCAAGCAGGUGAACACCACCAGCAACGACGGACGCAGUCUGCUGCACACAGCAGCUGCCAACGACUAUACGGACAUGUGCAAGCUGCUCCUCGACUAUGGAGGCGAUGUGAAUGCGCUCUAUCGCAAUUCCCGUGGCAUUGUGCUGACUCCGCUGGACUGUGCGCUGCAGCGGGGCCAUCGCUCCACGGCCAAGUUUCUACAAUCGCACGGCGGUCAGCCCUCCAACAAGCUGCGGCUGGCUGCCCGCCGAGGCAAUCCUUUUCAUGAUGGCAAUGCAGCGGACCUUGUGCGCCCUCUGAAGUAUAUGGAAAAGGAGGAGUUGCACGACUUGCGUAGCUCCAAAAAGUACGUGGUCUAUCUGAAGCGCACUGAUUCCGAUGGCGGCGCUGACAGAGCCGGUGGUGGAGCGACGCACGAUGAGGAAGACGAAGAGUGCAGUUGCACGGAGCAGUCGUACCGUAAAGAGCAGCGUCUGGAGCACAUCUGCCGACGCCACAAGCGCCGCCAGCUGCGUAGGCGCACCAACAGCUGCGGCGAGAGUCAGCAUGAGAAGUGCAGCGACAUCUGCCGAUCCAAGAGCAACAUUGAGAUUAGACGGCGCAAGUCAAGGGAGCGCUAUGCCAGCACCAGCGAUGGCGACCACGAUGAGGAUGACGAGGAUUCCUGCGAGAAUUGCUGCUACCACAAGCGGCAAAAGCAGCGUGUGGUGCAACGCAAGCGUUCGACGCCUUCGCACAGACUCAAGGAGCUGCCUGGCAGCGAGGACGAGGGCAACGGAACGCCAAAGAAGAUUGAGCACAAAGUGCCCCUUUCGCUGGAGCAGGUGGACAGCGCAAAUCAAUCGCCAUCUGAAGCAGCAGACGAGAACCAGAUGCAGCCAGCCACACCAACGGCUGCUAAGGAGGGCACGUUCAUCAAAUCACCUCCACAGAGCGCCAAAAGCGAGAGGGCAGCAGCUGGCGAGCCGGAGAGCUUGAAAGUGGCAGAAAGUCAUGCCAUGGAGCUGACGGAUGAGGAGCCGGAAACGGUCAAGUCGGUGACUACCCAAGUCGAUGUGCACCACGAUGCAGAGUUGCAAGUGUCGAAGUCGCUUGAUGAGCUGCCAGCAGAGUCAGCGCCUGCAGCUGCUAAUGCAGGCGAUGCAAAGCAACAGCUGAGCGAGGAGGAUACCAAACUGGUGUCCACCGAGGUUGAGCAGAUGAUCAAAAUAGCUGCAACGGCGCUGAGCAGCGAGUCAAAGAGCUCCACUGAAGAAGCGUCAGUGAAGGAAGCCGAGGAGACAGUGGGGUCAUCGAAUGAUAGGCCAGCGGACAAUAAUAGUUCAAGUCACGAUGCGGAGACAACAGAAACAGUUCCUUUAAAGCCUUCCGAAACACCCACUGCCAGCACCCCAGUGCCUUCAGUUGCUGUUGAGCCAAUUGCUAAGCCACCGGCAGCCGAGCAGCCACAGUCGGAUAUAGCUGAGCCACCCUCAAAGACCGCAGUAGAGGCUGGCAAAAAAUUGGAACAAAUAGCGGCCGAGCCGAAAAGUGAGACAAAGGCGUCUCCGCCCCCCACGUCUGCCCAAGCACAGGCUGAGCUCGAAAAUCCCCAGCCCAAGCCCCCAGUCACGCAGCCUCCACGUCCGCAGAGCCAGCAGCAGCAGCAGCAACACGAAGAACAGCAGCCACAACGGGAACAGGAAUCUCGACGCUCCUUUACGCUGCUACCCUCCGAUUCAGCUGAUGAUGAGCCUGCGGGAGCUGUCGCGCCUGCCUCAGACGAGCCCGUACGCAAGUCGAGUUUUCAAGUGCUUAAGAGCGAUGAGUCCAUCGGCGAUUUGGAGGAGACGCCACGUCCGCAGGAUGUUAACUACAGCGGCAGCAAUCAAGUCUUUCAGGUGGUGCACGACGGCACCGCCAGCUCCAAGCUGCCCAGUGCAUCAGAACUGGACAAGGCCGACUAUGAGUACGAGGAAUUUGAUGAUGGCGCAGAUGAGGACGAUGCCGACGGUAUUGAUCCGGAGCAUGACAGUGCUCUGCGCCGGUUUUUAAGCAGUGGUCGCCAUGGAGUUGGCGGCGAAAUGGGCGUCACCAGUGACGCCACAGCAGCCGCUGAGGUCUAUGAUGGGCUGGCAAACGGGCGCAAGCGUCGGCUGAAAAAACGCGUACGCAGCGGUGCCAAGACGCGCAGCAACUGGAAGCAUUCGCAGGAGUCUCGGGAAAGUAAUGUCGCGCUGGCUACCGCCAGCAAGGAUCAGGACUCUGGCUUCGAGCCAAGUCCACGGGCGGAGCGCACAAAGAUACCAACGCCGCGCACUGCCCACACGGCCAUGCCACGGCGUCCCAUCUAUGCCACACUGGAUGGACGCUCCUGCAGCAGUCGCCUGGAGAAUCGCAAGCCCGGGGACAAGGGCGCCUGUGAAAUGGGCGCCGUAACACGUUCCAUCCAGCGCAACAUUCGCAGAUACUACAUGGAGCGCAAGAUCUUUCAGCAUCUGCUGGAGCUCAAGUCGCUGCAAAUACGUUCAAACAAGCUCAACGAGGCGGUGCUAGUGAAGCGUGCCGUUGACGACUAUCACAAAUCGUGCGUGCUGCUGGGCGGCGAAACUGGGACAAGGCUCAGGCGUUACAAUUUCAGCGAGUAUACGUUCAAGAAUUUUGAGUUAUUUCUCUACGAGACGCUGAAGGGACUGCAAAAGCCGGGCACCAACAACUUCCAGAACAUCAAUGAGGUCUACGAGGAGGCAGAGCGUCGCCUGAGCCCCGACUACAAUGCUUACGAAAAGGCGCUGCACUGCACCACCAAGACGCAUCGCUGCCUUCAUGCGGCCCACGCCUAUACGGGCAUACCCUGCGCCGCCUACAUUCCAAUGAUGAAUCACCACACGAUGCCCAAGUUUGGCUUUGGACAGUACAAAAAGGCCGGCAGCGUUAGCAGUUUUUAUUUGCCAAAAAUUCUGACCAGUGGACGCGCCUCCAGCGGUCGAGUUGGAGCUGGCAUGGAUGUUGGCGUCGGCGUCGAUGUCGGCUUUGGCGGCAGCGGCAAAUGCAGCCACAAAGUUGCUCUGGAGCUGUCACACGGAAAGAGCAAACAACUAAUUUCACUGCCAGCGAAUAAGUUGGACAGCAAUAAACGCUACUAUGUGACGUUCACAGUUAAGGAUUCUCCCGGGCAGUUUGCUACUAGCGAGGCGCAUAAACCGAACCACCACCAACAACAACAGCAACAGCAGCAACAGCAGCAAAAACAACAGCAAUCAAGCUGCGCUGCCAGCGACCCGAAUGCCAUGUAGCAUGCGGCGUAUACGUAAUGUGACACAGCCUCAGCCGCGGGCGUUGGCAUCUGUGGUCUGACGCUAUAUUACCCAUAUGCAGUGUGAGCUCCGCCGCUACAGCAGCAAGCAACACGCAUCAAACAUCAGAAUCAGCAUCAGC